UAUUAAAAGAACAACAUGUCGGUACAAAAAAUAUAAGCCCAACAAAGAGAAAAAAAAUAAAAAAAAGGAAUAGCGUAUAAUAAGCUUAAUGUCGCUCUCUAACCUCAGAUUCAUCGUUUUCGUAUGAACUGUCUUAGCCCAAACAAUCUUCCUUCCACAGUUCAAAAAUUAUAAAACAAUUCUUCCUUCGAAAUCUCCGCCUCGUAUCUCUUUAUAUAACCCGUCGUCUAUCUAAACCCCGAAAUGCUCUUCUCCGUUAAAUCUAACGGUCAUGUCAACUAAAACCGUCGUCCCUCUCCGUCGCAGAUCUAAGCCCCUUAACGGAAAUCACACUAACGGCGUCGCCAUUGACGGAAGCCUCGACGACGACCACAACCGUCGCAUCGGAUCAGUAAAUAGCCAAAUGGAUAACAUUGCUAAGAAAACGGACGACGGCUACGCAAACGGCGGAGGAGGAGGAGGAGGAGGGAAAAGCAAGGCGUCGUUUAUGACGUGGACGGCGCGUGACGUUGUGUACGUGGCGAGGUACCAUUGGAUACCGUGUUUGUUCGCGGUCGGGGUUCUGUUCUUCACGGGCGUGGAGUACACGCUCCAGAUGAUUCCCGCGAGGUCUGAGCCGUUCGAUAUUGGGUUUGUGGCCACGCGCUCUCUGAAUCGCGUCUUGGCAAAUUCACCGGAUCUUAACACCGUCUUAGCCGCUCUAAACACGGUGUUCGUAGGGAUGCAAACGACGUAUAUUGUAUGGACAUGGUUAAUGGAAGGACGACCACGAGCCACCAUCUCGGCUUGCUUCAUGUUUACUUGUCGAGGCAUUCUUGGUUACUCUACUCAGCUCCCUCUUCCUCAGGAUUUUCUAGGAUCAGGUGUCGAUUUUCCGGUGGGAAACGUCUCGUUCUUCCUCUUCUACUCGGGUCACGUCGCCGGUUCGAUGAUCGCAUCUUUGGACAUGAGGAGAAUGCAGAGGAUGAGACUAGCGAUGCUUUUUGACAUCCUCAAUGUAUUACAAUCGAUCAGGCUGCUCGGGACGAGAGGACACUACACGAUUGAUCUCGCUGUCGGAGUUGGCGCUGGGAUUCUCUUUGAUUCAUUCGCCGGCAAGUACGAAGAGAUGAUAAGCAAGAGACACAAUUUAGUCAAUGGUUUUGGUUUGAUUUCGAAAGACUCGCUAGUCAAUUAAUUUUUUGUUUUGCUUUCAAAAUGUUUAGUUGAACAUAUUUAAUUUAGUUGGAAUCUAAUGAAUUUUUUUUUCUUUUUUCUUUCAAAUGA